UCCGCGUCGCGUUUCUAUUGGCUCGUGCGUGGAUUAAUUGGCCCACGCGUCGCGGCCAGCUGUUGACUAUUUAGACGGCGACGUCGCGUGCGCUCGGCGGCCUGCUGCAAACACAGGGAGGAUGAACGCUGCCAGUAACGCGUCGAUCUGCUGGAAUUUCAUAAAUGGCUCUUGCAGAUUUGGUGCCUGUUGCAUCUAUCGACAUGAAUAUCCAGUUGCACCAUCAGCAUUAAUCUGUAGGUACUUCCAGAAAGGCGGAUGCUGGUACGGUGAACGCUGCAGGUUCCUUCAUGUCCUUCAGCCAGUGGCUGAUGCAGAUGUUGCAGGUAGAAGAAGAUCAGUGCCUGUUGUCUCCUCCUCAUCCUCCUCCUCCUCCUCCUCGUCGGGUCGUGUCUGGCCUGACAGAAGAGGUUCUGCACCUGCUCUUCCUCAGACCAACCUAAUGCCCAGAGGGGUGUGUGGCCCACAGUCACAUUCAGGGGUUAAUGUCUCUGAUCCGACUCUGGCAGCAGAUACUGUGGCACAAACUCAAGAUACUGACUCUCCAUUAACCGCCUCUGUGGAAUCGACCCAGAGCUCCGAGGCUCAGGCAGCUGCCUGCGACGAGCAGGAAACCGCGGCUGGGGCCGCAGAGAGUGGAGCGGCCGCGGCCGCCUCCGGCAGCCGGGCCCCGACGAAGGAAAUGGAGGCGUUCCUCCAGAGCAAAGACGUGACCUGCGGCAUCUGCAUGGAAAAGGUGUACGAGAAGGCGGACCCAAGAAGGCACGUGUUUGGAAUCCUGCCGAACUGCAGCCACUCGUUCUGUCUGCUGUGCAUCAUGACCUGGAGGAAAACCAGGGACCUGGGGCCAGACGUGGUGAAGACCUGCCCACAGUGCAGAGUGAAGUCUGCCUUUUAUGUGCCCAACAAAUACUGGGUAGAAGGAAAAGCAAAGGAGCGCGUGGUGGCUGCCUUCAAGGAGAAGUGCAGUAAGAAAAGCUGCACCCACUACACGCGGCACAGAUGGUGUCCCUUUAAAUCCGACUGCCUCUAUCGCCACAAUGGACCUGCACGCCCCCCUUCGUUUCUGUAUCGGAUGGACGACUCGGACGACUCUGACGACUACGACGGCGUUGACCUCCUUAACUUUUUCAUUGCCAUGACGCUUCUCGGCGGCAGCGAAGAUGACGACGAUGACUUUGAGCUCCCCUUUUACCUGACAGAGGAAUAUGGUUUAUGAGCUUCGCUUCUUUUUUUUUUUUUUUUUUUUUUUUUGUCGAUGCCUGAAACCAGUGAAUGGCGCCUCUAUCAGUUUGCCUCAGGGAAGCGUGGCUUUAGUUUGACCUUCUGAUCUCUAUCAGCAGGCCUCUCAACCAUCACAGUACCAACCGUGUUCAGAUUGAGUUGAACUGCAGCUGGUAAUUUUAUGAAUUAGUUCUGAAGUGCCUCCUGCAACAACAGAGGGCCCUUCCAGUCACAGAGCUGCCGCUCAGCUCGUUGUGGACCGUCCCAGUCCACAAUUGACCCGAUCAGAAGCUGCAAGAUGCCACUUGACUUUGCCCCCCCCCCCUUUUUUUUUUUUUUCUUUCUAUUGUCUGACAUCUUGUGACAUUUGUUUGGGUUAUUGGCUUUAGAUGCGGCAGAGCUCAUGACUCGGCAGCAGCCUUUGACUUUCACGCCCUGUUCUACAGACUGAAGUUCAUGUCAUCAUGCUGUGAUGGAUUGUACCCUGACUAGAAAUUCAAUAUUUGUCCUAACAAUUUUGUGGUUAAUCCAUGGCCUCCCAACUGAUGGUUUAUUACCCUUCUGUGGCCAUAGUGCUUCAAAUGUGUUAACUUCCUGUUAACCCUUUUUGAGCAUUUUAAAUUGUUGUGUGGAUUGUAAUUUUUAAUUGUCUGGGGAGGGAAAAAAGUGCUGUACCCCUUCCAAAUAUUUACUGAUGAAAUUCCUCCCUCAAGUGGUAUGAAGAACUUUUGCCAAGAAAAAAAACAUGAUUUUAUUUCUUUUAAACAAGUUGUACUUGUACACAGAAAAUAAAACAUUGCUUCACUGAA